GUCAGUCGGAUGCCUCGCAAAUCGAGGGUAGAGAAAUCUUCCGGAAACAAGCAUUCCAAGGGAAAAUGUCCUGAAAUCAAGACUGAUGCGUCGGUGCAUAGAAGAAACCUGAAGCUGAUUAGCUAUCCAUUGAUAUUUUUGUUCAAUCUUAUCCGUACCAUCUUAUUACACAUCAAUUUAGUGCUUUGUUAUGCGUAUGAGAAAUCGCAUUCUCUGCAUCUGAGAUCCAAAAUGGCCGCGCCAAGAAACCAAACAGCAAAUGUUCCGUUUACGGAGAACUCAGUACCAUAUACAGGUGCUGCAUGUAAAACUGACUCUGGAUUACCAGAACCAACAAUGACACAGCAAAGACACCACCACAAGAAAGCGUUUGAUUAUUUAUCCAAAGCUUUGAAAAUCGACGAAGAAGAUGCCGCAGGAACCAAAGAUUUAGCAAUCGAAUAUUACAAAAAAGGAAUUUGUGAGUUAGAAAAGGGUAUUGCAGUGAAUUGUAAUAAGCCUGGAGAUGAAUGGGAUAGAGCAAGAAGAUUACAAGAAAAAAUGAAAACCAAUUUAGUUAUGGCUACUGACAGAUUACAGCUACUACUUACUGUCCUUGAUAGUGUACACAUAGAUGUAGUACCUCCUAGUCUUCCCAGUGGUGCUAGUAAUCUUAUACCUACUCAAACUAGAUCUGAUGUAGUACCUACUAGUUCUACUUCUAAUCAUACUGUCACUAUUGCCAUACCUGGCUCACAAACUGGAACUGUACCAAAACAGGGCUACACAGGGAAACCAAAUUCACCACGUUUAACCCACAAGAGUUAUAGUUUACCCCGCACUAGAAAAGAUACUCCACGCAGUCAGAGUCCAACUGGCUACAGACAUACCAGUAGAACCAAAAAUCCAGUAUACAGUUCACAACCAGUACUAAAUCCAAAGGGUAGACUAUCCAAGAAAGAUUGUAUGGUGGAAACGAUGAAAACUGAUACGAAAGCUGCCACAAGAAGAAAAGUAUCACGUUUAAAAACAGUAGAUUCAAGACUGGCAAAUCGCAUUUUGGAUGAAAUUGUAGACAGUGGAGCUGAGGUGAAAUGGCAUGAUAUCGCUGGUCAAGACAUUGCCAAACAAGCUUUGCAAGAAAUCGUAAUUCUUCCAUCAUUAAGACCUGAAUUGUUCACUGGUUUGAGAGCUCCAGCAAGAGGGUUAUUAUUAUUUGGACCACCGGGCAAUGGCAAAACUUUAUUAGCCAAGGCAGUUGCUCAUGAAUCUAAUGCAACAUUCUUCAACAUCAGUGCUUCUACAUUGACUUCCAAAUAUGUUGGUGAAGGAGAAAAAUUGGUCCGGGCAAUGUUUGCUGUUGCUAGGGAACUUCAGCCGUCCAUUGUGUUUAUAGAUGAAAUUGACUCUUUGCUCUGUGAACGAAGAGAAGGCGAGCAUGAAGCAAGUCGUAGACUGAAAACUGAAUUUUUAUUGGAAUUUGAUGGGGUACAUGCUAAUAGUGAUGACCGGUUGCUUGUUAUGGGUGCAACAAAUAGACCUCAGGAAUUAGAUGAUGCAGUCCUUAGAAGAUUUCCAAAAAGAGUUUAUGUAUCAGUACCAGAUAAACAGGCAAGAAAACAACUCAUACGACAGUUAUUAUCAAAACACCAGAAUCCAUUAAGUGAAAGAGAGUUGGAACAUUUGUCAUUGCUUACAGAUGGCUAUUCAGGUAGUGACCUGACUGCACUUGCCAAAGAUGCUGCAUUAGGACCGAUAAGAGAACUUGGCCCAUCUGAAGUGAGAUCAAUGGAUGUCCGCAAGGUGAGAAAUAUCCGACUAGUAGAUUUUGAAGAAUCUUUGAAGAGAAUCCGCAGAAGUGUAGCUGUGAAUACACUACAUGGUUAUGAAGAAUGGAAUCGGCAAUAUGGUGACAUGGGAGUUGUGUAAUUCCUGCCAUGUGUCCGUGAACUAAUCGCCAAAAUGUUGCAGGAGCAGCUGAAUUUGCUGUCCUUCCAAUAGUGUAAUGGAUGAUAUCAUAAAAACAGAGUAGCUUGUAUUACGCAAGUUUCUCAGUAAAAAUAGUGCAAUAUAAAUUUAUUUGAUAUGGUGACAAGUUUUUUAUGCAACCUCACACUGCCUAGAUUU